AUGUCUUCCAGGGCUCGCGACACCGCCGAGGCCGAUAUGCAGGACCAGGCCCGCUCUCCGCUUGACAGGGACAGCCGGGCGCCCCGACGCUCUCCCGGCAGCGCCUCUCCGGACUCAAAGACCAAUCUGAUCAACGCAGAACUCGGUUCAACGAGUGUCCCGAGUUCAAGCUCUACCAUUGGAGGGGGGAAUGCAAAGACUGGUAAUGCUCACGGCGGGCAAGUCUGCAGUAAUUGCGGCACCACUCGAACGCCGUUGUGGAGGCGAUCCCCCCAAGGAGCGACGAUAUGCAAUGCCUGUGGAUUCAAGACCAACCCGGCAUCCAAGGCGCCCUCGAACUUGGCGGGCGCAAACUACGUCUCGGCCGAGCAGACACCGACGGGAACAUGCCCCGGCGGUGGACGUUGUAACGGAACCGGUGGUGCAGCAGGCUGCAAUGGGUGUCCGGCGUUCAACAACCGCGUGUCCAAGAGCGCGCAGCUCAACGUCACGCAGAGACAAAAAGGCUGUUCGGAUUCGGCGGAAGGCGCAGCAGACGAACCUACCCCGAUUGACGUGAACGCUCUUCAGGCACUGAAGAAUCAAGAUGCAACCGUUGUCAUAGCAUGCCAAAACUGUGGGACCACGAUUACGCCGCUAUGGCGGAGGGACGAGAGCGGACACACAAUUUGCAAUGCUUGUGGUCUCUAUUACAAGCUCCACGGGGUACACAGGCCAGUCACGAUGAAAAAGGCCACAAUCAAGAGACGCAAACGGGUUAUUCCUGCCUCGCAGGAAGAGGAGCAGGACGAAUCAGCCGAGUCGGUGGGCGCGCGCAGCCAGGGCCAGACGCCCGAGAGGGGAACGGAAAAUGAGGAUGGGUCCAUCAACCUGGGACUACGGCGACGACCGGACCAUCCCUUGACCAUUGAGCCCGAGCCGCCGAGAGGAGGGCCGCGAAACGUACCAAGCCCCCCCAACGACGACAAUCGGCUGCCGCCAAUGUCUUCGAUGGCGGCAGUCGUAAGUGACAGGCAGUCGUCCUUGUCACCGGCAUCAUUCCUCUCGUCGAGACGAAAACGAUCCUUUUCUGCGACGGAGACAGACGCGGGGAGCGCGACGGACAGCGGCCACGACAACGCGAAACGAAUAUCUUCCAUCAAAUCCAUUCUGAACCCUCCCAUGUCACACGACGGCCCGAUUUCGAGACCGAGCAGCGUCGAUAGAGAUUAUACGCUCCCACCGCUUCGAGGAUCAAGCUCGGGUCUUGCACCCAAUGGCAGCCCCGUGUCAGCACCAACCGCCAACCCAGCUGGGUUUGGGCGACUGAAUGGGGUACAAGGCGCCCGCGAUUCGGGAGCAAACGAACGGCUCAAGGCUGAGCGCAGGCUGGCUCUGCAGAGGGAGGCGGAUCAGAUGCGGGAGCUGCUUGCUGCUAAGGAGCGAGAGCUAAUGGAGCUCUGA